AUGGUUAUGGCGACUUCUGAUCAAUCUAGUACUCAAUCUUCUCAUGAAAGUCCAAUUCCUAGCCCUAAGCGCCAGAAAUCAACUGAGGAUGGAGGACAUUCUGAUGAUAGGAUCAGUGAUUUACCGAAUUCAGUUUUACUGCAUAUUUUAUCAUUUCUUCCCACCAAAGGUGUAGUGGCAACUGGCGUGUUGUCUAAAAGAUGGAAACUUCUGUGGGCUAGUGUUCCAUGUCUUGAUUUUGACGACCGUAAUUUCCUCAAACGCGGAGGAAAUGUCGCAUUCAGGAAUGUCGUUAAUAAGAUCUUGCUUGAACACAAUGCAUCCAUUCGAGAGUUUCGGGUUAAUUGUAGAUACAGUCGCCCGUGUGAUGUUGACAUUGAAUUAUGGAUUCGGAAGGCAAUUUCUCGAAAUGUCCAAGUGCUAGGUCUCUGUGUCCCCUAUAAUAUACAUACAAAUGGUGGUUUGAGCGUUCAGUUGCCUCGAGGUAUUUUCUCUUGCCAAACGCUUGUGGUUCUCAAGUUGAUUGGCGAAGCCUUGAUGAUCUCUGUUCCAAGUACAGCAUACUUGCCAAACUUGAAAACACUUGAACUCAGUUCAGUUAGAUACCAAAACGAGGAAUCUGUUACUAACCUGAUUUCUUGCUCUUUGGGGCUUGAAAAUUUGUCCAUUUGGAUGAAAACUUCUAAAAACAUGCCAUACAUGCAUGUGCCGAAGUUGCGUAUACAUGCACCAGCAAUGAAAUCUCUCCAAAUAGUAAAGGGGCGCCAUGGCCGUGCUUCUGCAGAUGAUGUCUUAGAUAUAAGUGCUCCUGCCCUCUCAGAACUUACUAUCGAGGAUCAUGUCUCCGAUUCUCUACAGAUUACAAAUAUGGGCUCAUUGAAUAAGGCAAACCUCAAUUUGCAUAAAACUCUUUCAUAUCAAUGGCUCAUCAAAUGUUUUGAAGCAUUCCGCAACAUCAAGUGUCUCUCCUUAUCUGGUGAUAUACCAACAGCCCUCAACUUCGAAUCCGGACUUCCAUUGGUUAAGUUUUUGAAUUUAACACACUUAACUAUGGGGUGUGUUUGGCGUCCCAUGCUUGUUUACUUUCUUCAAUGCUUUGAGAAACUACAAGUUUUGAGAUUAACAAAGAACCGGUCUUGUUCUGGUAGCGUUCAUCCUGAAGAGUUAUGGAACGAUCCAGUUCUUGUACCCAGAUGUUUGAUGACAUGCCUUAGAACUAUUUGGAUCCAGGAUUUCAGGGAAUCAGAAUUCGAGCUCAGUAUGUUAAAGUAUGUUCUCAAGAAUGGAAAGGUAUUACAAAAGUUAGAAAUAUGUCCUGCUGAUACACACCGCCCAUGGAAUAUCAGCACCCGUGAAGGAGGGGUAGCGCGCAAAUUUGAGCUGAAAUUUCUAAGAUCUGAAGGCAAUUACCGGCAACUUGAAGCCAAGUAUAGCAUCGCAAAGAAGAUAAUGAAUAUCCAGAAAGGAUCAGAUGCUUGCGAAAUUGAUAUCUUAUGA